AUGUUCAAGUCCCUUCUUACCACGGGGCUUCUGGCUGCGGCCACCGCGGCCCAGCAAACGACUUCGUACGUGGACCCGGCUUCCGACAUCACCUUCCAGCGGUACACCGAAAAGUCGGGCUUCUCGUUCGGCGUCGCUCUGCCAUCCACCGUCGGAAAGGACUUCAUCGGCCAGAUCUCCGCCCCCAUCACCGCAGGAUGGGCCUCCGUGUCCCUCGGCGGGCCCAUGACCAACAAGCUGCUUCUUGUCGUGUGGCCCAACGGAGACUCGGUUCAGACCUCGGUCCGCAAGGCCAGCGGAUACUCGAACCCCGACGUCGUCACCGACUCAGGCAUCACCCUGAAGCCCAUCGAGUCCGGCACCUCUGUCAACGAGACCGCCUUUACUUACACCUUUGUCUGUGAGGGCUGCAUCACCGGCGACGAGACGACCUUCACCGGCACUUCCGACACCGCGACCUUCGGCUGGGCCUACUCCACCACCGCCCUCUCCGACACCGCCAGCGCCUCCGUGGCCCUCAACUACCACGGCGCCGGCUUCGGCCUCUUCGGCGCCAACCUGGCCGAUGCUAAGUCCGCCGACUACGAUACCUGGGCCGCCAAGGCGUCGGAUGCCGUCACCUCCCCCGGCGUUGGAAACGGGACUGCCCCCGCCGUCCCGGCUAACGUCACCACGACCAUUUCGAACGCCACCUACGACUACAUCGUCGCCGGCGGUGGUGCCGCCGGCCUCAUUGUUGCCGAGCGCCUGGCCGAGUCGGGCAAGAGCGUCUUGCUCAUCGAGCGUGGUGGUGUCUCCCUGGCCUCCACCGGCGGCAAGGCUACCGUCGACUGGAACGAGACCGUGACCCAGUACGAUGUCCCCGCCAUGGGCUACUACCUUUCUACAGCCAAGGAGACCAACGAGUACUGCACCGAUACCGCCUCCCAAGCCGGCUGCAUCCUCGGCGGCUCGACCAUGGUCAACGCCAUGAUGUGGGUGAAGCCCCCCGCCCACGACUUCGACGACAAGUGGCCUGCCGGCUGGAAGUGGACCGAUGUCGAGGAGUCUGCCAACAAGCUUUACGAGCGUACCCCCGGCACUAUCCAGCCCAGCAAGGACGGCAAGCGUUACGACCAGGCCGCCUACAACGUCAUGUCGCAGUGGCUGGCCGGCAAUGGCUUCACCGAGGUCGACGGCCUCGCCGAGCCCAACAAGAAGGAUGCUGUCUUCACCCACCCUCCAUGGCUGAUCGAGAACGGCCUCCGCGGCGGCCCUGUCCGUGACUACCUCCCCCUCGCCCAGGCCCUGCCCAACUUCAAGCUCCAGCUCAACGCCAAGGUCAUCCGCGCUGUGCGCGACGGCGCCGCCGUCACCGGCGUCGAGAUCGAGACGGGCAAGAACACCCGCCAGAUCAUCAACCUCAAGUCCGGCGGUGCCGCCAUCCUCGCCGCCGGUGCUCUGUCCACCCCUCGUAUCCUGUUCAACAGCGGCAUCGGUCCCAAAGAGCAAAUCCAGACCGUCCAGAGCGGCUCUACCCAGGUCACUCUUCCCGCCGAGGCCCAAUGGAUCGAUCUCCCCGUCGGUCAAAACCUCAAGGAUCACCCCAUCUUCACCGUCAACCUCCAGACCAAGUCGGCCCUCAACUCUCUCGCGAGCACCGCCUUUACCGACCCCGCCCAGACAGACGUCGACCAGUUCGCCCAGGGUUCUGGUCUCCUGACCCAGGCAGGCCAGCGCCUGAACUUCUGGACAAGCGUCGAAGGCGCCGACGGCCAGAAGCGCUACGUCCAAGGCACCGUGAACUCGCCCAAGAACGACACCAUCCGCGUCAAGGUCUACCUCACCCACGGCCUGACUUCCGUCGGCGCCCUUGGGAUCACGGCCGACGGCUCCACCAAGAUCACAACCGAUCCCUACCUCACCACGGCUGGCGACAAGGAGGCCAUCACGAGCUUCAUGGGACAGCUCAUCCAGUUCGCCUCCAAGUCGAACAGCACCCUGACUAUGACCGGCAACGUCACCGCCGAGAGCCUCAUCUCGGAGCACACCACCGGAAGCCACUACGUCGGCAGUGCCGUCAUGGGCACUGAGAACGACGGCAGCAGCGUCGUCGACACCCAGACCAAGGUCUGGGGCACUGACAACCUCUACGUCGUCGAUGCCUCCAUCCACCCCGACCUGCCCACCGGAAACACCCAAGCCAUCGUCAUGGUCGCUGCCGAGCACGCUGCCGCCCAGAUCCUUGGCGGUGUCGGAAGCGAGACCAACACCGGAAGCUCUGGUUCCGGCUCCGGCUCCGGCUCCGGCAGCAACACCGGCAGUUCUAGCUGCAAGCGCUCAACCAAGCGCGUCCAGCGCCUUCAGCGUUUCCGCCGUGCCCAUCGCACUUUCUAA